AUGGAGAAGCAAAGGCGUACAAACGCAAGAUUAACAACUAUGAAGGAACGAAAACGAUGCCAACAGAAUGGACACACGCCAUUGUUAUUGGAGAGGGAUGCGAGCAGAGUUGUAACACUCGAGACAACUGUUUGUAUGAAGUAUCAACAGUAUAUUGGAAGAAGAGGCGUGGGAAGAUUUAUUCGCAUAAAGGACAAAAAGAGACAUGGAAAAAUAUUUGAGGUGAAACACGCUUACUUGAACAAUGACGUGCAAUGUACGUGUAGGCUGUUUGAGAAAAUAGGUAUAGUAUGUAGACAUGGUUUUUUUGCACUGAACCAAGCUGAUGUAACAAAAAUUCCAAGGCAUCUUGUUGUGAACCGAUGGACAAAAGGUGCUGAGAUGAGGCAUUCAUUGCAGUUCAAGGAAAUAUCAGAACAGUGCAAUGCAAUUGAAGUUACAAAUCGCAAGUUGAAUGACAUAUGGUAUGAUUUCCAAUCCUGUGUGAGUUUGGCAGGUUUAGAUGGUGAGAGACUUGACUACCUGGAAGGGAAGUUGAAGGAGUUGAAGCACAGUUUGCGUGAAUCUAGUUGGAAAUUUGACACACAGAACAAAAAUGAUGUAAUGGAGUUUUUUAUUGGCCCAAAAAUACCAGCAGAAGUGAUCGUUAAACCUCCAAUUGAAGGUAGAAACAAGGGGUGUGGGCGGAGAAUUGUUGGUGAUUAUGAGAAAUCAAUUACUCAACGAAAGAAGAAGGUUCCAAGGCUGUGUAAUAUGUGCAAAAAAAUCGAUUUCCAUGAUGCACGGACAUGCCCAUUAAAGAAAACAAUACAGCAGAGUGAUGUUUAA